AUGAAGACUGUCCUCGUCCUCUGCGUUCUCCUCUGUGCUGCAUUUGCAGCUCCAGCUGAAGACAAAGAAAAGGCUCCAGGUCAGUCUGAUGAAGCUAUUAAUUUUUCAGAGAUGGAGGACAAGAUGAUGAUGAUGAAAGUUGAGGAAGCAUCGGUGCCACAAGAUUCUGGCUCUGCUCCCAGAAACGCACCUGUGUUGGAGGAGGCAGCACCUCAAUCUCGCUUUAACUUCUGUCCGGCCGACUGGUUCAGCCACAGCUCUCGCUGCUACAAGUUCGUCAAUUCUCCCUUGUCCUGGUACAAAGCUGAGGAGCACUGCAACAGCCUGGGUGCCCACCUGGCCUCCGUCACCAACCCCAGAGAGUACACCUUCCUCCAACAGAUCACACAGACAGCCGGUCAGAGCAUCGCAUGGCUGGGAGGCUUCAACCUGCAGGGCCAGUGGAUGUGGAUUGACCGUGAAGGUUUCUAUUACACCAACUGGCAAACCCUCUCCUCCACCACCAGCUACCCCUGCAUCUACUUAAGCUCCACCACUGGAUGGCGUAAUAUCCAGUGUGGCACUGCUUUACGCUUCAUCUGCUCCACGAACCCAUUCAGCUGUUAA